GUCGUGCGCUUGCCCGCAGCGGCGGCACGGCGCCACGGGGCAGGCACGAGCACGAAUAUGGCAGCGCCUACGAAUGAUGCGCGCUGUGCUGGCUGUGCUUUACGUCGGUCGCGUCUUUGGAACGUGCGUGCAACCGUGUCGUGUCAGAUAGGUUAGGGCGUUCUUCGGAUGCGUAGCUGCAUAUUUCAUAUUUAGCAGCGCUAGCGCCUCCAGCUACGAUUACUAUUUUUAGUAAUCACGCCCUGUGGGGACAAUCGUCACGUAAGUCGCUGUAUGGUAAUAAGCUUCGCCGCCGGCGCAACGCCGGAGCGACAGCGCUGUGUUGUGGGAUAGAACGUAAUGGACCUCAAGUCGGACUCGGACUUUUAUAUUGGCUGCAAGGUCCUAGCACCGGUCGCUCAUUAUUUGGGACUCGGCAUCGACAAGUUCAACUUCUUAUUCUGCCAAUGUGUCCUGCUUCUGGUGUCAUUCCCAUACCGCUUCUACCUGCAUCCCUCAUGGGCAUCUCCAAACAUGCGCCACACUGUGGCCCUGGUGGUGGGCUUUGGCAUUGGAUUCUUCUGCUUUGGAUACCAAAUCCUACAUCUGGUGCUUCAAGCAACUAUAGUCUACGUUGUGCUGCUCUCUGUAGGACCCGAGCAGAUGCACAAGUGGGCAUUGGCACUGGGGAUGGGGUACCUCUCGGCCAUCCAUGUCCUGAGGCAGGCGUACGACUAUGGAGGUUACCACCUGGAUGUCACAGGUCCGCUCAUGGUGGCCACUCAGAAGGUGACAAGUCUCGCCUUCAACUUGCACGAUGGUCUCCUCCCCACAACGGCUGCUCUUCAUCCCGAGCAGCGCAGACAACUUGUCCGGAAGAUACCUACAAUGCUGGAGUACUAUGGCUAUGUACUGCACUACCACACACUCAUGUGCGGGCCGCUCGUCUUUUACAAUGACUACAUGGACUUCAUUCGAGGUGACCAGUAUUGGCGACACACAAUCACCACUUCGAUGCGUGGCAAUCCCAAGAGCCCGUCCCGAGAACCUUCUCCAAAUGCAGCCGUGACGGGCAAGUUGCUCAUCUCGCUGGUUUGUGCCCUGUGUGUCAUCUACUUGAUGCCGGCCAACCCCAUCGAGUACAUCCUGGAGGAGCAGUACUUGGAGCACACAGGACGGUGCAAGCAGCUACUGUACCUGGUAUGGGCAACAUUCCUGCACAGGUUGCGCUACUACCAUGCCUGGUGUCUGGGGGAGGCCAUCUGCAACGCAGCAGGGUUCGGGUUCAACGGCUAUACGAGUGAUGGCCAAGCCCGGUGGAACCUUCUUUCCAAUGUCGAUAUUUAUACGAUAGAGACGUCGCUCAACCUACGAGAGCUGCUCGUAGCUUGGAACAAAUCGACACAGACGUGGCUGCGCACAGUUGCGUACGAACGCCUUGACCCACGUGUGCGCACCCAGCUGACUUUUGUGCUCUCUGCUGCCUGGCACGGGUUCUACCCGGGGUAUUACCUGACAUUUUGUGCAGGAUCCCUCUUCACCUUGGCUGCUCGUGCCGUGCGUCGUAGCGUGCGCCCCAUGGUACAAGGGCGUAUUGCACACAUAAUCUAUGACCUGCUCACUUGUCUGAGCACACGAUUGGCUGUUGCCUACAUAGUCUUCCCUUUUCUUCUGCUUGACUUUGGCUCUUCCAUGAAAGUAUACAGGAAUUUUUGGUUUGGUGGCCACGUGGUUGCCUUGCUGGCUAUCUACAUCCUGCCUCGAUUACUGCCUCCCCCUCAGAGAGCCCAGGACAACAACACCGUAAGCCGAUCACCUGACACUGGAUGAGUCUGUCGCCUCUUUGAUUUUGUGAUGAAUCUCUUAUAAUGAAAAUGAAGGGUACUCUCACAAC